CUGAGGGGGCCGGGGUGACAGGGCUGGGUGGGCGAGGCGGUGCCGCUCGGCCGCGCUGAGGGGUAAAGUUGGGUAAUAGGGCCCGGCUGGGGCUCCCCUGUGCCCGCAGGCGAACCGCGGAGAGUCACCUCUGCCGUCUGUGUGCGGGGUGUCGAGGCGGGGGAGCUCCCGCCCGGGCGCCCCGGGGAUGGGUUACCUGAAGGUGCUGGUGGUGCAGGAUUUCAAGUCGUGGCGCGGGCAGCAGGUGAUCGGCCCCUUCAUGAGGUUCAACUGCAUCAUCGGGCCCAAUGGAUCAGGGAAAUCUAACAUAAUGGAUGCUGUCAGCUUUCUGCUGUGUGAAAGGACAGCCAAUCUGAGAGUUAAAAGCGUCCGGGAGCUCAUUCACGGGGCACAUGUUGGGCGACCGGUGUCUUCCACAGCCAGUGUGAAGAUGGUGUACUGUGAGGAAGAUGGGGAGGAGAAGACAUUUUCAAGAGUUAUCCGUGGCAGCUGUACUGAAUUUUUUUUCAAUGACAAGGCUGUCAGCCGAUCUGCUUACGUAUCCGAGCUUGAAAAAAUAGGCAUUCUUGUCAAGGCCAGGAACUGCCUUAUUUUUCAGGGAACAGUGGAAUCGAUUGCAAUGAAGAAGCCCAAGGAGAGAACUCAACUUUUUGAACAAAUCAGUAAUUCAUGGGAAUUGGCUGAAGAAUAUGAACGAAAAAAGAAGAAGAUGCAGCAAGCAGAAGAGGAUGCACAGUUUAAUUAUAACAAGAAAAAAAGUGUUGCAGCAGAACGGAAACAAGCCAAGAUAGAGAAAGAGGAGGCAGAGCAUUACCAGAUGCUAAUCAAGGACCUGUAUGAAGAAAGGAUACAGAUGAAGCUUUUUCUGCUUUAUCACAAUGAAAAAGACAUUGGCUUCCUGAAAACCAGUUUGGAUGAAAAGAAUAUGGAGGCUUAUACCAAGAAAGAGUCUCUUUCUUCAGCAGAAGAUUCAUUUAAAGCCAAGAAAAAAGUGCUUGGUGUACUAAACAGGGACCUACAGCAUAUGGAAAAAGAAAUGAAGACUCUGGAAGCAUCACUGAUUCAGCAGAGACCCCUCUAUAUAAAAGCAAAGGAAAACACGUCCUACCAAAUCAAGAAAGUAGAAAUGUCUAAAAAAUCUCUGAGGGACAAGGAGAAACAGUGUGAUAAGGAAAAGCAGAACAUAAAAGAGCUAGAGAUAGAACUGAGUGAUAUUGAGAAGGCGUGGAGAGCGUUUGAGGAGAAAGCUGAAGAGGAGCUAAAGCAGAGAGCAGCACAUGUUGAGCUGGGAGAAAGUCAGCUGGAGCGUUACAGAGAGCUAAAGGAAACAGCAAGAAAGAAAGUUGCUACACUAACCCAGCAGAUGGAGAAACUUCGUUGGGAGGACAAAGGAGAUCAGGAAAGGCUGAAACUUAAUCGGAGGAAGAAAAAUGAAGUCGAGGAAAUCAUAAAGCAGACUGUGGAACAGAUAGAGGAGCAUAAGAAACGCAUAGAGAAGUUGGAAGAAUAUGUCAAGAUAUGCAGCGAAUCGUUAGCAGAGAAAAAACAGCAGGAGGAGCUGCUGGCUGAGGAGAUUGAGACCUCCACAGUGAGAAUGGCUGAAGUGAAUGAGGAGCUGAACAGAAUAGUUGGGGAGCUGCAGAAUGCCAGGAUGGAUUACCACGAGGGCAGGCGGGAGCAGAUGAGAGCAGAGAUCCUGGAGAGUCUCAGAAGGCUGUACCCGGAUUCCGUGUUUGGAAGAUUGCUUGACCUGUGUCAUCCUAUCCAUAAAAAAUACCAGCUUGCUGUUACCAAGGUGUUCAGCAGAUACAUGACUGCUAUUGUUGUUGCCUCUCAAAGAACAGCAAGGGAUUGUAUUCAGUUCCUGAAACAGGAACGGGCCGAACCCGAAACGUUUCUUGCUUUGGAUUACCUUGAUGUCAAGCCAAUCAACGAGAAGCUGAGGGAGGUAAAGGGAGCUAAACUGCUGGUGGAUGUUGUGCAAACACCAUUUGCUCCACUGAAAAGAGUGAUUCAGUUUGUGAGUGGGAACAGCCUGGUCUGUGAGACAGUGAAGGAGGCCAAACACAUCGCCUUUGAUGGACCAGUGAGGCUCAAGACAGUGUCUCUUGAUGGAACUUUAUUUUUGAAAUCUGGAGUGAUUUCUGGAGGAUCCAGUGAUUUAAGAUUUAAAGCUAGAUGUUGGGAUGAUAAAGAAAUGAAUAAAAUGAAAGAAAAAAGAGAUAGCUUGAUUCAUGAGUUAAAGACCCUGAUGAAGACCAAGCGUAAGGAGGCCGACCUGAAGCAGCUGCGUGCCCAGAGCCAAGGAACCCAGACACGGCUCAAAUACUCACAGAGUGAGCUGGACCUCAUUAAAAAGAAACACCUUGCCAAUCUCUACAUGGAAAAAUCAAAGCUGGAAAGUGAACUGCUAAAUAUUGAGUCUCAGCAUGACAUGCUGAAUGAAGGAAUAGCACAAAGAAAAACAAAAAUAGAAGAAUUUCAGACAAAAAUUAAUGAGGUUGAAGACACUGUUUUCCGGGAAUUCUGUGAAGAGAUUGGUAUAGAAAAUAUCCGUGUGUAUGAACAGGAACACGUGAGGCAGCAAGAGGAGAUUGCCAAGAGAAGGCUGGAGUUUGAGAGCCAGAAGACCCGACUGAGCACUCAGCUGGAAUAUAAUCGGGAUCAUCUCCAAAAAUUAACAAACUCAGUCAGCAAGCUGAGGGAGACCAUAAAGAAAGAAGAAGCUGAGAUUGUCAGGCUUCGGGAGGAUGAAGAAAAGCUUUUAAUAAAAGUGAAUGAAAUGGUGGAGGAGCAGCAAGAACUUAAGGAUAGAUUAAGUGCUCAUAAAUCUCAGGUUACAAAAAGCCAAACUGAAGUUGAAGAGUUCAGAAGGAGGAUGUUAACUCUUAAUAGGGAAGCCACAAAACUGCAGAAGGAAGCUGCAGCUCUAGAAACUGCUCUGGAAGAGAAGAGACUAAAGAGACAUAAUCUGCUGCUCGAGUGCAAGGUGCAGGACUUGAAAAUCAAGCUCCUCUUUGGAACACUGGAUGACAUCAGUGAAGUAGAGCUGGGAACUGAAACAGAGGACACCCAGACAACGUCAGGGAUCUAUGAGAGGGAGGAGAGGAUUCAGGUGGACUACAGGAGCCUAGCAGAAGACCUGAAGGACCUGCAGUCUGAGAAGGACAUUGAGGCUCGUCUGAAGCAGAUACAGCAGGAGAUCAAAUGUAAAGAGACCACUCUGCUGAAGACAGCUGCUCCCAACCUGAGGGCAGUGGAGAAACUCCAGAUGGCUCGGGGCAAGUUCCAGGAGUCCAUAGACGCUUUUGAGAGCAGCAGGAAGGAGGCCAGAACAUGCAGGCAGGAAUUUGAGGAGGUGAAAAAGAGGAGGUAUGAGCUGUUCAGCAGAUGCUUUGAACACGCCUCCAUAGCCAUUGACAGGAUCUACAAGAAGCUGUGCAGGAACAGCAGUGCUCAGGCGUUCCUGAGCCUUGAGAAUCCCGAGGAGCCCUAUCUGGAAGGCAUUGGCUUCAACUGUGUGGCCCCAGGCAAGCGUUUCAUGCCCAUGGACUGUUUGUCAGGAGGGGAGAAAACUGUGGCAGCCCUGGCCCUUGUGUUUGCCAUACACAGCUUUAGGCCAGCACCUUUCUUUAUUUUGGAUGAGAUAGAUGCUGCCCUGGACAACUCCAACAUUGAUAAAGUCUCCAGUUUCAUCAGGGAACAGGCCCACGAGCAGUUCCAAAUGAUAGUGAUUUCCCUGAAGGAGGAGUUCUUCUGCAAGGCAGACGCCUUGCUUGGAGUGUGUCCAGAGCACGAUGACAUCAUGUUCAGCAAAGUGCUGACCCUGGAUCUCACCGAGUUCCCGGAGCAGGAACAGCAGGACAGGGCAGAGAAGCCCAGACACAGCUCUGUCCUGGGGUAGCACAGACCCAGGGGACAGCAAC